GCCAGCUCAGUUUUGGCCUCCCCUUUGUGCCGUCAACUACCCAAAUAUCACAUUCUUAACCCUUAACCGGAGUGCUUCAUCGGCAAUCGGCGAUCGCAUCAUUUCACCGUCAAAUUUCACACCACAACACCAAAAUCACACACACGCUCAUCGUGAUCCACAAUCACUCGUUCUUCAUCUCCGAUUCGAUCAAAUUCGUAGGGUUUUUUAAUUUUUUCGGUAUCGGUAUCGAAAUUAGGGCAAAAUUACGUACUUCGAGAGAUAUUAUGAAGAUUUGAAGUGAGAGAAGGUGAAAUGUUAUUAUCGUGAUUGUGAUUAUUAUCUGAAGAUGUCAGAUUUGAACUCGUGAGAGCUGAAUUGAUCGGAGAAACAUGUGGUUCUCGUUUUGGAGACCUAGAGAUCGAUUCACGUUGGAUGAACUCAGAAAUUUAGUCGACCAGCUGAUGAAAAUUCAAGUUGUUAAUGACGUUAACAAGGCUUUUGUGAUCGAGGCACUGAGAUCAAUUGCAGAGCUCAUAACAUAUGGCGACCAACAUGACUUAAACUUCUUUGAGUUUUUUAUGGAGAAACAGGUCAUGGGGGAAUUUGUACGUAUACUAAAGAUCAAUAAGAGUGUGAUUGUUUCAGUUCAAUUGUUGCAAACAAUGAGCAUUAUGAUUCAGAACCUUAAAAGUGAUCACUCAAUAUAUUAUUUGUUCAGUAAUGAACAUAUAAACUUCCUUAUAACUUAUCCUUUUGACUUCCGGAAUGAAGAGCUUUUGUCAUACUAUAUAUCCUUCCUCAGAGCAAUCAGUGGGAAGUUAAACAAGAAUACCAUAUCCUUGCUUGUUAAGACUGAAAAGGAGGAAAUAGUUGCCUUUCCGCUUUAUGUCGAAGCAAUUCGUUUUGCUUUUCAUGAAGAGGGCAUGAUUCGUACUGCAGUUCGUGCAUUGACACUAAAUAUUUAUCAUGUGGGAGACAUAUAUGUUAAUAAAUAUAUCGCCACUACCCCUCAUGACAAUUACUUUUUGAACUUGGUUAAAUUUUUUAGAGAGCACUGCAUAAGCUUAAAUGGAUUGGUAUCGCCUACCACAGAGAGCCAGGUGGGUCCAGAACCUAGCUCUAAAGUACUAUCUGCAGUGGAUGAAAUCGAAGACAAUCUAUACUAUCUUAGUGAUGUUGUAUCUGCUGGCAUUCCAGAUGUCGGGACAUUAAUUACCGACAGCAUGCUCAAACUUCUCAUAUUUCCAAUGCUUCUUCCUGCAUUAAGAAUCGAAGUUUCUGAUGGGAAGAAGUUAAGUUCAGUCACUUCCCUUUAUUUGCUGUGUUGCAUAUUGCGGAUCCUUAAGAUUAAAGAUCUGGCGAAUACUGUUGCAGCUGCUCUAAUUUGUUCUGUCGAAUCCUUUUUGCCAAAUAUUGAGGCUAAACGUCUCAAUGGCUUCACGACAGAUCAUGAUGAGGAGAGCCAUGUAGAUGAUGAAAAGCCAAGUGAAAAUCUGGAUUCUAGUAGCAUGAAAGUUUCUAUUCCGAAUUUAUCUACUUCAUCAAGCGCUCAACAUAAUUGCUGGCAUUCUGCUUCAGUUUUAAGGGAUGCUUUGAUUUCUUACAUCACAAGUGGAGAUGAUAUGCAAGUGGUUGGUUCUUUGAGUGUGUUGGCCACAUUCUUGCAAACUAAAGAGCUUAAUGAAUCAAUGCUAGAUGCUCUUGGAAUCCUUCCACAACGUAAACAACAUAAGAAACUCUUGCUGAAAGCCUUGGUCGGUGAGGACACCGGUGAAGAACAACUUUUUGCUUCAGAAAACUGCAUAUCGAAGGAUGGGAGUGAUGGUGAACUCAAUAUUUACCUACAAAGAUUAAAGGACCAAUAUGAAGUUUCGUGUUCAUACGAAGUUGGAGAAAGCCCACAUGUACAUAGACGUCUAGUACUUGAUGCGUUGAUCGGGCUUUUUUGCCGAACAAGCAUAUCAGCAGAUGCUUUAUGGGAUGGAGGCUGGCUUUUAAGGCAAUUGCUUCCGUAUAGUGAGACUGAGUUUAACACUCACCAUCUUCAAUCCCUCAAGGAUUCCUUUACUAAGCGCUGCAACCAACUUGUUGAAGAACAAAGAGGAUCUUGGCCCGAUCUACUCAUACAAGUGCUAUGUGAUGAGUGGAGAAAAUGCAAAAGAGCAAUUGAGGCUUCGUCCCCUCGAAAGGAACCCAAGUCCAUACUCUUCCCAAAAAAGAAAUCUUCUUCGAGUGAUGUUAUACCUGUCGAAUCAUCUUUUGCUGCUGGUGAAACAAUGUACGAGCGUGUUAAGGUGUUCGUGCUUCUUCAUCAGCUCCAAAUUUUCUCAUCCGGUAGACCGUUACCAGAUCAGCCUCCUAUUCUGCCCCCAGCUGACUUCCCUGAAGUUUCGCGAGCAAAAUCUGCUGGACUGAAUAUUAUUGGUCCAAAAUUGAGCACUGAAUUACAUCUUGAUGACGCAGUGCCAUGUAGAAUUGCUUUCGAGAGGGGAAAGGAACGUCACUUUAGCUUUUUGGCAGUUUCGAUCGGAAUUUCCGGAUGGAUACUCCUUGCAGAGGAAUGGCCUCAGAAACCUAAUUAUGGAACUGUUCGAGUCGUUGCACCUUUGGCUGGAUGUAAUCCAAAAAUAGACGAAAGACAUGCAAGAUGGUUACACCUACGAAUUCGUCCAUCUACUUUGCCCCUAACCGAAACAGCCAAAAACGCCCCCAGCCUUAAACUGAAAUCGAAAUCAUUGGUCGACGGAAGAUGGACCCUUGCGUUUAAAGAUGAAGCCUCCUGCAAAUCGGCUUUGACAAUGAUUCAGGAAGAAAUUGACUUGCAAAGCAAGGAAGUAGAGAGAAGGCUUAAACCUUUAUUAUCCACAGAAAGUUGAUACUCGGGUCAAACAGUCAACAUGACCCGUAAGCCUUUUGAUCAAUACAAAUAAUGUCGUGCGUGUGUGCAUUCUAACAUCCAGCCACCUGUAUGUAAAUGUUCAUAAGACAACCUUGGCGAAGAUACAUAGGGAAUAUAUAAAUAUAGAUGACAUCAUGUUAUUGUACUGUAUUUUUGCCUAUUUAGGUCGGUUUUGGUUCUCAUGUUUGUUGAAUACCCAUAGGCGUAUAUGAUUGUUGUUGCUUGUGCAAGAACAAUGUAAAUUGUAAUUGCAUCCUGGUUUACAGUGCAAUAUGCUUAGUAGCUCCAGUGUGCUUGUGUUCAA